AUGUGCGCGCUGUGCAAGAAAUUCGACGAGGACCUCGUUAUAGACAGGUUUCGAAAUAAGACUAAGACGGGGCGGUGGCUCCAGUGCCCGUCGCCCAAGUGCGGCUGUUACGUGCAUACGGACGGCGCGUUGGAGCGCGGAUUGGUGCGGGUUCUGACGGAAAAGGAGGCGGAAAGUGCGCUCACGGGGCCCCCAGAAACGGUAGCGGCUGUAGGAGCGGGAGGAAAGGGCGGAGCGGUGGGAGAGGGAGGAAGGGGAGGAACGGAAGGAGCGGCAGUCCCGGAGAAGGCAGCGUCGACGACUGGAGAUACAGCUUCCGUUGUUACUGGUGAGGGUGCAGCAGCUGUUGAGGGGUCGAAAAGGGGAAGGGAGGAGGAGAAGGAUACUGGUGCACGUGCGGGUGCGGGUGCUGCUUCGGGUAGUGAUCAAGACAGGGAUGCGCGUAAGGGGAGUGAGAGUAAUGGAGGAGGGAAGCGUGUUAAGGUGGAGAGUGGUGUGAUUGAGGGGAGUAAGGCCAAGGUUAAGGCAGAACCGGAUGCAGCAGGGCCUUUAGGGGCAAUAGGAUUGCUGAACUCACCUCCGCCUAAACCAUCUCCACCCAACCCAUCUCCACCCAACCCCUCUCCACCCAACCAAACUCCGCCCAUUCCACCUCCGCCCAGCCCAGCACCGCCCAGUCCACUUCCGCCCCCUUCACCCAGCGGCAGCGCCAGCCGUGCGGACAGUGACGCUGUUCCCAACGCGUACGCCGCUGGCGGAGUGGAAGGGGGAAGCCCCGCGUCCCCUCCUAGUGCAGGCGCAGGUGUAGGGGCAGGGUCAGGUGCUGGGACAGGGGCGGGCGCAGGGGCGGGUGCAUUGGUGGGUGCAGGAGCACGGAUGGGCGCAGGGGCAGGCGCGAACGCGCUGGGGAGUCCGGAAAGCGGGGGGAAGGGUAACACCGCCCCUGCAGGGAAGCGGGCGUUUGCAGGGGGUGGGGGAACGGGUGCGCGCGUGCCAGAUUGCAUGCAAUACGUGUGCCCCCUGUGUGGUUACACUAGCGCAAUGUGGGACCUGUUUAGAGAGAUGCUGACGACGAGUGCAGGGGUGAAGAAGAAGGACAUGGGGAAGCUGAGCGAGGAGAUGGCGCGUGUGGUGAGGGUUACGCGCGGUGCUGAGUGGUGCGAGCCAUACCGGCGGCUGCAGGAGCGGUUGACUGCGGUGAUGCAGAGUAAUGAGGGGGUGAACAAGGUGGUGGGGGAGCUUCGAGCGUGUUUCGGCGUGCAAGAUUGCAUCAGAGCACCAGGCAUGUGCUUUUUUGAGCCUCCCCCUCCUCCUGCUCCUCCUGCUCCUCCCCAAUCCGGGUCACCGAGCCCCAUGCAGAUCGACCCUUCUACCAGCCCUCCUACCGUACCUGCUACCGUGCCUGCUACCAUACCUGCGACCAGCCCUCGUACCGUGCCUGCUACCACACCUGCCACCACACCUGCCACUGGUCCAGUUCCGCCGCGUAACUCCUCCCCCUCAACGCACACUGCUCACGCGCAGGCAUCAGCACAGCAGGGCCCAGGGGUAGCAUUACAGGGGGGCAUUGAGGCGCCUGGAAAGUCACAGGCAUCAGUGCAGCAGGGCUCAGGCGUAGCAGCAUUGCAGGGGAACCAGCUCGGCCCAGGAACUACAACCCUCCUAGGGACCGGCAGGGGCAGAGGGGGGAAUGAUAGUGUGUCUGUGGUGCCAAGUACUGGUGCUGUGACUGUUAAUACUGGUGGUGUGGGUGGUGCUGGUGGCAAUGCGUUGUCCGUUACUGCUCACCAGCAGAUGCAACAGCUGCAGGAACAGCAGCGGCAGCAGCAGCAGCAGUUUAGCUCACCUUCCUCUGGUUCUGCUGGUGGCGGUGUCUUAUCAGGCCAACAGCACAGUGCGGGCAGUGGGGGGGGUGAGCACAGGGCAUCCGGGCAAGCACCAGCUUCCUCUGGAACCUUUUCAGCUUCCAACUCAACUCCACUCUCCCCCACUGCUGCUCCUCGCCCGCCCACUCAUACCGGCCCGCCCACUCACACCGGCCCGCCAAACGCCGCUCUGAAGGCCUCGUACACUCUAUACAACACCCAGAAGAACCCUACCAGUGCCUCCGCCUCCUCUAACGCCCUCUCUAUCGCCCUUUCCUGUUCCCCGCUUACCCUUCUUCCAACCAGCUCGGCCGUGUAUGCUCGCAGCCCCAGCCCUCCCUUCGCGACACCUGGCAGCUGUAAUAAUCCCACUGCUUAUUCCCCUGCCGCCGCCGCUCUUGCGGCGAGCGCGCCGCAGUACAAUAAACCCAAUCCCAAUACCCCUGGGUCGAACGCGAAUCUCGUAUUUCGCUCGAAUAACGACCUGGGUAGUAGUUCUCAUGGGGUAUCGAGUCAGCAGCAAGGUAACCACUCGUUCCCUGCAGUCUCGGUAGUGUCAGAAGGCCUGCCUUCAGGAGCCAAUCCGCUUCUGCCACCUGGCCUGUGCCUGCCCUUCCCCCCUGGUAUAGUCACAGAGGAGAGGGUUUCGGCUUCGGCCCUUGGGUUGGCUCUAGCAGCCCAGUGUGUGACUGUAGUGUCUGUGCCUGAAGAGAGGGGCACAGGUGGGUCGGGAGGGGCGGGAGUGGUAGGAGUGACAGGAGUGACAGUAGCAGCAGGAUCAGGAGCAGCAGGAGGGACUGGAGCAGCAGGAGCGGCAGCAAUGGCAGGGGACACACCUGAGAUUGGAGCAUAUGGGAUAACAGGAGCAGGAGGAGCAGGAGGAGCAGGAGGAGCAGGAGGAGCAGGAGGAGGGGGGGUGGGCAGGGGAAACGGGGGCGGAGGGGCAGGUGGAGCGUCGUGGAAUAAGGCUGCUGUGACGGCUGGAGAAAGGAAAGACUCGAAGCACCUGAAAGGAGCUACAACUCCAGCAGGGGCAGGGGGAGGGAUGGGAAGCAGCGGAAGUGCUGGAGGAGGGAGUAGAGCGGGGCCUGGGGGAAUAGGGCCCAGGGGAGGGGGGAGUGUGGGGAGUAUGGGGGGGGUGGGCGCGGGCAGUGUGGGGAGCUUGGGGGGAGGAGGAGUGUCGGCCAUUGCAGGGAUUGUUCAACCACCAUUGCCAGAGUUCAGGAACAUAUACAACGGCGCUCAGAUUCCCCUCCCUCCAACGCUGAAGAAAGCAGCAACAGGAGGAGACUCCUUCCCUGCCCUCCCGCCCUCUCUGCUCGCUCUUGCGGCUUCUUAUACCACGAGCUCUGCUGCCGCUGCUGCUUCUGCUGCGGUUCCUGCUGCUGCUGCUGCUGCUGCUGCUGGUGGUACUGCUGGUGCUGCCGCCGCUGCUAUGGCUACAGCUGGUGCUGCCGCUGCUGGUAAUGGUGCUGUUGCAACGAAGGUCUGGCCAGGUGGGAAGCGGAAAGCACCUGAGGGAGGGCGAGGGGGGGAAAGGGACGAAGGAGGCAGUGCUGGGAGGCUGGUGGGAAACGGGGGAGUGGAGACAAUGGGACGAGGUUCUAAUGUGGCCGCUGGUGGUAAUGGCAUGCAGAAGGAGCAGAGGGCGAGUGGGGAGGGAAGGGGGGUGGUGGACAGUGUGGGUAGGAGUCAGGCAGGGGAGCCAGCAGCACAGGGUGCAGUGGCAGCGACUGGCAGUGGUGGUAUUGCUGCCAAAGCAGGUGCUGGUGCUCUGAGAGGCUCAGGUGGCGCAGGUGGGCUUUCAGGUGGGCUUUCAGGUGCCACAGGAGCUGCCUUAGCCAAUGGCGGUGCCUUCGCAGGUAGAGAUUCUGCCACUGCCGCCACUGCUCCAACUACAGCUUCCCAUCCUGCUGCUGCUGCUGGUGGUGCGGAGAAGGAGCAAGGUGGCAGUGGUGGUGCGCAAGACAGAGAAUCCUAUUUGGGUGAUGAGAGCACGGGAGGAGUGAAGGGCAGUGAACGGAAGAGAGAUGCGGAGGACGGGGGGGAUGCAGGCCAUGAGGAGGCGAAGAGGUGGAGAAAGGCAGGAGGCGAGGGAGCUUGCGGGGACAGAGGGAUGGCGAAUGGAAAGGUGAAAAAUGAAGGCAGGGAGUUUGCGGGAGGGGCGAUUCAAGGGGGUAUGGAGGAGGCACUGGUGGGAGCUAUAGUUGGGAAGCUAGAGCGCAGGCGACAGGAUUUGGAGGAGAAGCGAAGGGAGAGGAGGGAGAGGCUGGAUGUUAUUGUGGGGAAGCGGAAGGAGGUGCAGGAGGUGCGGGAGGAGAAGAGGAGGCGGUUGGAAGAGGUGGAAAGGGAUGCAGAUAGGAAGGUCCGUGAAGCAGAGGAGCUGGAGGCUCGGGCGGCGAAGGCUCGGGCCGAAGCAGAGGCGGCGGUUCGGGGGAAGGCGGAACUUACAGCGCGGAUACAGGAGGAGUAUAGGGAGAGGGAGGUGAGGGUGGUGAGGGAGGUGGGGCAGGAGGAGAGAGCAAGUGUGGAGCUGGAUAAGGUGAUUGCUGAGGGGGAGCAAAAGCUGCGGGAGAUGGAGAAAGAAAAGGAGGAGAUGGUGAAGAGAGUGAGGGAGAUGAUGAGAAUGAUGGUGACUCAGGUGGAAGGGUGGGGAGAGUAG